AUGGCGGCCACCAGAAUCGUAGUGUCAGCAAGCACCACUGCCGCCACAACUUUGCUGUUCAAAGGGCCAUUGCGAAGACCUCAAAGUUUGAGCUUUUUUUGCCCCAACAAUCGAUUAGUGCCCAAGAAAAGAUUGUUCACUUGCAGUGCAAUUUACAAUCCCCAAGUUCAGAUCAAAGAGGAAGGCCAACCCGAAACCCUAGAUUACCGAGUCUUCUUCCUCGAUGAUUCUGGCAAAAAGGGUUUCCAACGACUUGAAUUUAUUGGUCACAAAGCAUUUUGUUUGCUCACGUUGCAGGUUUCUCCUUGGCAUGAUAUACCGCUACAUUUGGGUGAUAGUGCCUUCAGUUUUAUUGUUGAAAUUCCCAAAGAAUCAAGUGCAAAGAUGGAGGUUGCUACUGAUGAGCCAUUCACUCCAAUAAAACAAGACACAAAGAAAGGAAAAUUGCGCUACUACCCGUAUGAUAUGCUGUUGCACUUUUUUCUUUGUGGAUGUUUUCCUUUUCAUUGUUUAGUCAUGUUAUAUUUGAAGCAAGGUCCACUACUACCUCCUGUCCUUCCAAGAAGUGGACGGCUGGCAGAGUUCAAUUGCCUUCUCAGGUAUAAUAUAAACUGGAAUUACGGAUUACUCCCACAAACUUGGGAAGACCCGUCAUUUGCCAACCAUGAAGUUGAUGGGGCAUUUGGAGAUAACGAUCCAGUUGAUGUUGUUGAAAUUGGGGAUAGCCGUGGAAAAAUUGGCCAGAUUCUGAAAGUCAAGCCCUUAGGUGCUUUAGCUAUGAUUGAUGAGGGCGAACUUGACUGGAAAAUAGUGGCAAUUUCAUUGGAUGAUCCAAGGGCUUCACUUGUAAAUGAUGUUGAUGACGUGGAGAAGCAUUUUCCGGUAUGUUUGCUGACUAAGAACAAAUUUGUGUAUCUUUUCUAUGUUUCUCCUUGGCAUGAUAUACCGCUACAUUUGGGUGAUAGUGCCUUCAGUUUUAUUGUUGAAAUUCCCAAAGAAUCAAGUGCAAAGAUGGAGGUUGCUACUGAUGAGCCAUUCACUCCAAUAAAACAAGACACAAAGAAAGGAAAAUUGCGCUACUACCCGUAUGAUAUGCUGUUGCACUUUUUUCUUUGUGGAUGUUUUCCUUUUCAUUGUUUAGGUGCUUGA